UAACCUGCCCUCGGAAUUACAAAUUAAAGGAGAGAUAGAGCAUUGCGGAGUCUGCUCUGUUUCACUCCUCAAAACUUGUGGUGCCAUGGCUUCUAUCCCACUGCAGCUGCUUCAUCUUGCUAACUUUUUCCGUGGAAAUGGUUCAAUAUCCCCUUCUUCUUCUUCCCACCUUUCUUCUUCUACUUCUCAUAAUCUUUUCCGCUGUAAGCCAAGAAGGACUUCAGUCAGAUGCCAGCCAACUAGUACUGAAGAAUCUAGAACGAGAAGAAAUCUACUGGACAACGCGAGCAAUGUCCUAACCAAUUUAUUAAGUGGGGGGAGUCUAGGAUCCAUGCCUGUAGCUGAAGGUGCAGUUUCUGAUCUGUUUGGGCGACCCCUUUUCAUGUCACUGUAUGAUUGGUUCUUAGAGCAUGGUUCAGUGUAUAAACUUGCUUUUGGGCCAAAAGCAUUUGUUGUUGUAUCAGACCCCAUCGUUGCAAGGCAUAUACUUCGUGAAAACACAUUUUGUUAUGACAAGGGAGUCCUUGCUGAUAUCUUAGAACCAAUAAUGGGGAAAGGGCUUAUUCCUGCUGACCUUGAAACUUGGAAGCAGAGAAGAAGAGUUAUUGCUCCUGGGUUCCAUUCCUUAUACUUGGAAGCUAUGGUCAAAGUAUUCACUGAUUGUUCAGAAAGAACAGUCGCAAAAUUUGAGAAUCUUUUUCAAGGGGAAAAUUUGCAUAGAGAUAAUACAAUCGAGCUGGAUCUGGAAGCAGAGUUUUCAAGUUUGGCACUAGAUAUUAUUGGGCUUGGGGUCUUCAACUAUGACUUUGGUUCAAUUAAAAAAGAAUCUCCUGUCAUUAAGGCAGUAUAUGGCACUCUUUUUGAAGCUGAGCAUAGAUCAACAUUUUAUAUUCCUUAUUGGAAAAUUCCUUUAUCAAGAUGGAUAGUGCCGAGGCAGCGAAAAUUCCAUAAUGACCUCAAGGUUAUCAAUGACUGCCUUGAUGAACUCAUCAGGAAUGCCAAAGACACUAGACAGGAAACCGAUGUUGAGAAACUGCAACAAAGAGAUUACUCAAAUCUUAAGGAUGCAAGUCUUUUGCGCUUUUUGGUUGACAUGCGAGGAGCUGAUGCAGAUGAUCGGCAGCUAAGGGAUGACCUGAUGACUAUGCUUAUUGCUGGCCACGAAACUACAGCUGCAGUUCUUACUUGGGCUGUUUUUCUACUUGCCCAGAAUCCCUCUAAAAUGAAAAAAGCUCAAGAAGAAAUCGAUUCUGUGCUCGGUCAUGGGCGAACAACUUUUGAGGUUCUUAAAAAAUUGGAGUACCUGAGGCUUGUUGUUGUAGAGGCUCUACGAUUGUAUCCUCAGCCCCCAUUGCUUAUUAGACGUGCCCUUAAGUCAGAUAUGUUGCCAGGAGGGUAUAAGGGUGACAAAGAUGGAUAUACAAUUCCAGCUGGGACUGAUGUAUUUCUAUCUUUAUAUAAUCUUCACAGAUCCCCAUAUUUCUGGGAUCAGCCCCAUGAAUUUGAACCAGAGAGGUUUUUGGUACAAAGAAAGAGUUGCAUAGAAGGGUGGUCUGGUUUUGAUCCAUCUAGAAGCCCUGGGGCAUUGUACCCAAACGAGGUCAUUUCAGAUUUUGCCUUCUUACCUUUUGGUGGAGGGGCAAGAAAAUGUGUUGGAGACCAAUUUGCGUUGAUGGAGUCGACUGUCGCUUUGGUGAUGUUACUGCAGAAGUUUGAUGUGGAGCUCAAAGGAUCUCCAAAUUCUGUGGAGCUUGUAACUGGCGCAACAAUUCAUACAAAGAGCGGCCUUUGGUGCAAAUUGAGAAAGAGAUCCAACACCUCUUCUUAAGCUUUCAGCCUAAAUAAUUACCAUGCACCAACAUUUUAUGUAAUUUAUAAGACCCAUUUUUGCAUUCCUGUGCCUCUCACGUUGUAGAAUUAAGAUUAAAAAUUUUAAAUUUGUAAAAUUCAUAGCAGUUUUACCUUGCAGCCUACUGGAGGAUUACUUUUUCUUUUUUAGUCGUCCAUGACUUUAGGCAUUCAUCUUCUUAUAUUUAUUUGUUUGGCAUUCAA